UCCAAAUUCCAACAGGCUGUCAGUGUCAAUUUAAGUAAAAAGUUCGCGACUGAAAAGUGCAUGUUAUAACACUAGUGUUAUGAAAUGAAAGAAAACUAAAUUCUUGUGUUCAAUACUUACUGAUUAUACAAUAAUGAAAAUAAAUUAUAUACCGUUUACAACUUUUCUUAACAAAUAAAUAAUGAAUACAACGAAUGUUUUUUUAAAGGAGAAAGCAUACUCUGGAGGUUUUCAUUGCAGCAAAGAUGCUCUUACGGAUAUGUUUGGAUGGUUCCUACAAGUACUCCUGGCUUGUUUAGCUUUCACUUGCUUAAUCGCUAAAAGAUUUUGUGAACCUCGUAAGGAAAGACGGUCGUGGUUAAUUUGGUUUUAUGAUACCUCCAAACAAGGAAUGGGCGCUAUGGCUAUCCAUCUAGCGAACGUAUGGCUUGCUGGUCAAUAUACUGGGGAUCCAUGCACAUGGUAUUUAAUAAAUUUCCUGUUGGAUUCCUCAUUAGGUUUAUUGAUAAUCUUUAUUGGUAUACGAUUAAGUCAGUACUUAGCUAGAACUAAGGGGUGGGAAGCUAUAAAUUUUGGUGAAUAUGGUAAACCGCCGUCUGCGAAUGCAUGGAUGGCUCAGUGUUGCCUCUAUGUUGGGUUGAUGGUAAUUGUAAAAGUUUCCAUAACAUUAUUCAUGCAGUUAGACUUUUGGGAAAAUGUAAAGGAUUUUAUUUUGUCCCCGAUUCCAAACGCUAAAGUCGAACUAGCUUUUGUAAUGCUCAUCAUUCCCUUCUUUGUAAAUAUGUUAAUGUUUUGGGUAACAGAUAACUUCUUAAUGUACAAAAAUCCAUCGAAACGAAGACGUGAUAGCACAGAGGAAAGUCUGUUGCAAAAAGCUAAAGUGAAAUACCGCUCUCUAAGAAGAAAGAAAAGAGAUUCAGAAAGUGAUAUACUGCUCUCGGCUGAUGAUGAGCUUUUGGACUCUGAAACGGUGCCAAUUGCAAGAGCAAUUAUUACUUAAGUUUGAGAUUCUUUGAUCUAUGCAGUCUUCAACCAUUCCUAUAUGUUUUGGGUCAGCUAUUUUAAACUACAUAUAAUUAAAAACAAUGUGAAGGCAUUAUCUCUUAUCAAAACGUUUAUGUAAUAUACUAAUGUAAUUAUAAAUAUUUAUCAGAUAAGAAUAACUCACUUUUUGUGAGGAAGUUGUGAUAUAUAUACUUAGUCAUAUAUGAUUUAAAUAAUUUAUUGCUGAAUUUUCAAAUAAUAUAAGCCUAUGUAUGAACGAAAAAUUGCAAACUCAAAAAAUAAAAUUUAUUUUUCCCAUAACUUUUAAAAUUAUGUUCAAUCAAAUUAUUUACUGUGUUCAGCUACACAAUUAAAAUAAUAAUACCUACACUUAAUUAUUAAUGAAACAUAAGUUACAAAAUGUAUAUUCCUUUCUAAUAUUUCGUAAUUUAGAUUAAGUACAUUGUUUCUUUUUGUACAUAUUUGAUUGGACAAAAAUGUAGUUUAAUUCUGCUUCAUUUACAUUUUCAUUAUGUAUUUCAUCACAAAAUGUUUUCUAACAAGUAUUUUUUUCCUGUGUGAAUGAGCAUAGAAAAAGACAUAUUUACAUUUAAACUUAGUAUGGCCAUCGAUGUAGAAAAUCUUCGAAGUUGUAAUAAUUAUUUGUAAAUAGUUAAAUGAGAAUGUAAAAUUAUUUAUAUAAAAUUCUUCUUAAUUACAUAUUUAAAAUAUGUUUCAAAUUUGAUUCAAUGCAACAUAUAAGCUUUGUACUUUGGUGCAGGGUAAUAUGGUACCAAAAUACUUGACAAAGUUAUAUUUUGUAAAAAAAAUAUAUAUUUUUGUUGUACUUUCUCUUUGCUUGAUUGUUAUAAGUAGGGUUCAUCUUUAAAUUAUUAUUUUUUUAAUAUCUACAGGGUGUGGCGUCUUUAGUGCAGAAAAAA